CAGCGGAGGCCAUUCUCCAUCACAGUUACACCUGACUUUGUGCGUAAGAGGAUAGACCUCUGUCAGGCCCAGUCUUCCGCGUUUUUUAAUUAUUUAUUUUCGUGUAAACUGCAGUCUUGAUUUAAAAACAUAGAUGGUGGAUAAUUUAGCCCUGCGCUGAGGGCCCGGAAACAACUGCAAAGGAUUAUAAAAUCACCAUAAAUCCCUGAGGCUAUCCGCCGACAUGGCUCGACCACGGCCGCGGGAAUACAAGGCAGGAGAUCUGGUUUUCGCUAAGAUGAAGGGGUACCCGCACUGGCCUGCGAGGAUUGAUGAGCUUCCUGAAGGAGCUGUCAAACCACCUGCCAACAAGUACCCCAUCUUCUUCUUUGGGACUCAUGAAACUGCAUUCUUGGGUCCAAAGGAUCUUCUGCCCUACAAGGAGUAUAAAGAUAAAUUUGGCAAGUCCAACAAGAGGAAAGGUUUCAAUGAGGGCCUGUGGGAGAUUGAGAACAACCCAGGAGUCAAGUUCACAGGCUAUCAGGCCAUCCAGCAACAGAGCUCAUCAGAAACAGAGGAGGGGGGAAACACUGCUGAUGGGAGCAGCGAGGGUGAAGAGGGAGACUCUGUUGAGGAGGAAGAUGACAAGGAAAAACUGAAAGGAGACAAGGCUGGGUCUAAACGGAAAAAGACAGCUACAUCCAAGAAAUCCUCAAAGCUGUUGAGGAUCUCGUCUGGAGACGAUAACCUGGAGAAGGAUAGAAAAGAUGACGACCAGAAGAGUGGCUCAGAAGGAGGAGAUGCUGACAACGACAUCAUUGAAAGUACCACCGACAGUAAGAACCAGCUGCUCAUAGAGGAACAUUAAAUGAAAAGGGCAUGAAAGGGAAAUCAUUCUUUGUAGCUUUGAUGUUGGAAAGGUGAAUCUACAACAUGAUUUCUCAUCAGCACCAUCUACUGGCUCCCAUCGUCACGUUCAAUACUCUGUUGGAUGUCCAGUUUGUGUUUGUAUGACUGAUGCACCCGUACUUAAACUGUUAUCAUGUGAAUACCAGGGUCAGAUUGGGCAUUAUGUCACACAGUUUUUUCAGCACUUAAAUGUAAUGUGAAAUCAAAACCACUGUCAGGAUCUUGAGCUCUCUAAAACAGAAAGCUAAAGUUUUUAAUUUAUUUCACCUUGUAAGUUCAUAUUGUUAAAUAAAUAUAUAGAUAUGGGAUAUUUAAAGGGGGAUUAGGUAUUUGAAGACUUUAAUCAUGCUGUAUUGGCAGACAUUAGGAGCUUUGAUAAAAUGAACUGUGUUUAUAUUCAGUCUUUCUUCUACAAGACUCAGACUAAUCACCCAAGCAGAAUGAAAAAAGGUUUAAAAUUCUAAGGUAUAGCCCUUUGAUAACCUGUUAUCAAGAUGAUGGUAAGAAGUUAGUGGCCAGUGUGGGUGGUUCAUUCCCUUCAUUUUAUCUGUAAAAGUAGAUCCAAAUUUGUUGCUUGACCAGACUAAUGGUACCACUUUUUUUCAAAAGUUUGCCUGUUUUCCAUUGUAUACCUGAUUAUCCUAAAGCACAGAUAAAUGACACUCUACCAGAACUGUCAUUUCUUACACUGACUAAAUGAUCUAGCUUGGUUUUUGCUGACCAGCUUUUUCUACAGCAAUCUAUAGCAACGUGCAGUCUUCACCAACAAUUUGGAGCUGUUAGUUCAGUUGUCACAUAGGAAUAGAUAAGAGUGUAUCAAUCUGAAGUAUUUAAUGGAUAAUAUCACUCCCAAAAAAAGUACCAAUAGCCAAUGCAGUUUGACAAUAGAGAUAUGAUAGUUUUAGCUAAAGCGCCUUACAACAGCAUCCCCAUCUGCCAAGCAUGAUAUCCCGAUUUUGACACACACACACGCACACACACAUAUGUGUAUGUAUAUAUAUAUAUAUA